CCUCCGCCUUCUGCAGGUUAAACAGUGCCUCGCCGCAGUAUCAUCACUCCAUCCCUCUGGAAUACAGAUACGUGUGGAUCCCUCUUAGCAGUGAGGCCUGCAUUACUCAGCAGUGGCUGGGCUUGUUUGCAGGGAUUGCACUCUGGCUGUCGGGCUGCUGCUGCAUCAGACUGUAACAGAACGACUGCACCUAAUGGUAGAAAGAAGAGGAAAGAGGACUGGAGCAAAAUGAGGAUGAAGAGGAGAAUCUAAAAGAGGAUACAAAACAGCACAGGAGAUAUAAGAAUUGUGGGUGUGAAGAGGAGGAAGAAAGACAAAGGAAGUGAGUGGAUGAGGUGACAUGACAGGAAGAGGAAGAAGAGUGUGAUGUCUGCAAAACUAAUACAUCAGAGUUCAACAGAGUCACACUUGGUCCUCUCAGCUUUGUCCCUUUGUCAGAGUCAUGCACUCCUGCAUGAAUUCGAAGGAUCCUUCCCACGGUGUUAAUAGAACUUGAGUGAUAUUAAAUAAUCAUCAGUGUUCACACCCAGCAGGACAGACCAAUUUCUAACAACAAAAGCUGUGUUGCCAGGAUGAAGACUCAGUGACAGUGGCAUCAGAUAUUUCACAAACAGCUGCUUUUAGAGAGGACUCCUCACUCUGUUGAGCCCAAGGACAAAAGUUAGAUUUCAAAAGACAAAAAAAAAAAAAACACUGGGAGAGCCAAAGUCCAAAUCUUCCUCCAGGUUCUGUAUGUUGGACAGGAUGUGACUGGAAAUUAGAGCAGAGAGCUGAAAUUCUCCGACGGCAAAACUGUAACAGCACAGCCCAGCAACAUGCCGUGCUCACCUUUCCGAAUUGGAAGGCCGAGGAAAUUCUGGAAACAAGAUGGGAGUGACCCCAGAAUUUCUGCAACACUAGAGCCCCAGCUGUUCCAGCCUACACUCCCAUACACCAGCUCGCCAUUACACAAGACCCCAGAUAUAUUUGAAAUGAUUGAAAAGAUGCAGGGCAACAGGAUGGACGAGCAGAGAUGCACCUUUCCUCCCCCUCUCAAGACGGAGGAGGACUACAUUCCAUACCCAAGUGUCCAUGAGGUGUUGGGCAGAAAAAGCCCCUUUCCUCUCAUCCUCCUGCCGCAGUUUGGGGGUUACUGGAUUGAAGGGACCAACCAUGAGAUGAGUGACACAGUGGACAUAGAGCAGCUGCAACCUCCGUCCCCAAACACCCGCACCAAGCUGGAAUGUAACACAAUAGCUAUGCUCUUCCGGAAACACUUCCUGGGCAAGGAACACUUUAAUUACUAUUCAGUGGACAGUGCCCUUGGACAUCUGGUGUUCUCGCUAAAGUACGAUGUGAUUGGUGACCAGGAACAUCUCCGUCUAAUGCUCAGGACCAAGCUGAAAACCUACCAUGAUGUGAUCCCCAUUUCCUGUCUGACGGAGUUUCCCAAUGUGGUCCAAAUGGCCAAGCUCGUCUGUGAAGAGGUCAAUGUGGAUCGUUUUUUUCCUGUCCUUUAUCCAAAAGCUUCAAGACUUAUUGUCACCUUCGAUGAACAUGUGAUAAGCAACAAUUUCAAGUUUGGGGUCGUCUAUCAAAAGUUUGGACAGACUUCAGAGGAAGAGCUGUUUGGCAACAGUGAAGAGAGUCCUGCCUUUGUAGAAUUCCUGGAAUUUCUAGGAGAGAAAAUUGAGCUGCAUAACUUUAAAGGUUUCCGUGGAGGGUUAGAUGUGACUCACGGGCAGACUGGCACUGAGUCUGUCUACUGCAACUACCGCAACAAAGAGGUCAUGUUCCAUGUGUCCACAAAGCUGCCUUACACAGAUGGGGACACCCAGCAGUUGCAGAGAAAGAGGCACAUAGGGAACGACAUUGUGGCUAUCUUAUUCCAAGAAGAAAACACUCCCUUUGUACCGGACAUGAUCGCCUCCAACUUCCUCCACGCCUACAUCGUGGUCCAAGUGGUCAACCCCUGCACUGACAAUGUUCUCUACAAGGUGUCAGUCACAGCACGAGAUGAUGUACCUUUCUUUGGCCCGGCCCUCCCCAACCCUGCUGUCUUUAAAAAAGGCCCUGAAUUCCAUGAAUUCCUUUUUACUAAGCUCAUUAAUGCAGAGUAUGCCUGCUACAAAGCUGAGAAAUUUGCCAAAUUAGAGGAACGAACAAGGUCGGCCUUGUUAGAGACCCUUUAUGAGGAGCUCCAUGUCAACAGUCAGGCCAUGAUGGGUGUCGGAGGAGACGACGACAAACUGGAAAACGGGAGUGCAGGAGGAGGAGGCUUCUUUGAGUCCUUCAAGCGGGUGAUCCGCAGCAGGAGCCAGUCAAUGGAUGCCAUGGGUCUUUCUCUCAAGAAGCAGCACACAUUCUCUACUAGCUUCAGCAGCAGCUUUAACCACGAGCCCGCAGAGAGCCCCAAAAUCCCAGGGAUAUCAUUGCUUGUCCCAGGCAAAAGUCCCAGUAAAUAUGGACGUCGAGGCAGUGCCAUAGGGAUAGGAACAGUAGAAGAGUCUUUGAUAAUCCCGGGGAAAAGCCCGACCAGGAAGAAGUCUGGUCCCUUCAGCUCCAGGCGAAGCAGUGCCAUCGGUAUUGAAAACAUUCAAGAAGUCCACGAGAAGAGCAGCAGAGAGAGCUCCCCAAACACCCAGAAGACUCCUGACAGCGGUCACGUCUCGCAAGACCCCAAAUCUGACAACUCGUCCAACCAGAGCUCCCCUGAGGUGCUCACAACCACCAAGAACAGUUCUUAUCUCGGUGGCAGGGCCCCAUCCAUCCCCGAGGGUCAUGACCUCUCCCGCUCCUCCUCCAACGCCAGCAGCUUCGCCAGUGUGGUGGAGGAGAAUGAGACAGAGGCCACGGAGGACUAUGACACAGGCAUGGAGAGUCUGUCAUCUGCCGGAACGCCACACAAGCGAGACUCCUUCACCUACAGCACCUGGCUGGAGGACAGCGCUAGCAGCGCCAGCACCACCAGUCGGGGCAGCUCCCCAGGGCCUGGUAAACCUGAACGAGGGAAGGGGACAGACGUCCGUAUCAAACUGGAACGACCACACGAUCAUCAGUCCUCAUCGAACUGUUAGCUCCACCCAUCUGGUUGUAUCCUGGAUCUCCAUCUUCAGCAUUCCCAUAAGUCACAAUCCCUCUGAGAGGUGAGACAAGUGCAGGUGUUCGCCAUGAUCAAUGAUGCCAAGGGCGAAGAUGAGGAAGAUGAUAAAGAGGAGGAAAAGCAGGUGAAGCCUGGCCGGUCUGCUGCUCAGUGAGGGCCAGAGUGGAGCAUAUCCAGAAACCUGGAGGACACUGGAGAGGGUGACGCACAGAGAGGGGCCAGCUUUUGCACAGUGUUGUUUCCUUCCACUCUUUUCUUUGCCUGUUCACACAUCUGUUGCCUAAUUGUAUGGGAUUUUUUUUAACCACACCUUUGUUUCAAAGGCGCACAUUUUUUUCGACAAAUUGAAUAGUUUUAUUUGUAAAAGUUAUAACUUUGAUUUAGUUUGUGUAGAGAAGAUAAUCGCCUGGAUGGUUUGACCAAAUGAACAAAGGUUUCAGCUCAAUAAAGAUCUCUAAUGUAUACAUUGUACCAAAUAUUAAGUAUCAGAUAAGGAUGUUUUCAAACAAAAUGUCUAAUGUGAUAUAAGAUUUUUCUGUUGGAUGCUGUUUGGGUCCUGACACACCAAGCCGACUGUCAACCAUUGGUCAAUGUCAGGCUGUCGAUGAGCAUCUCUUGCACUAAAUUUUGUGGUGUAUCCUGCACCAUUGACACUAGUAGGCCCUUGAUGGCUUUUUUUAGGCUGACACAGUGUGUUGAAUCAGCGUCAGAGCCCGUCGGUGAGUGAAAUCACUCUGAUUGGCAGUUCAGCUCAGUGCACAAGAAGAAAACCAAAGUGAGGAAAGUAAACAAAUGACUAAAUUCAAGAAGGCAUGAGAUCGAAACAAACUUGUUAUAUUAGCUAAGGUUAUUUUUUCAGCCACUGAGUUCUUUCACAGAAAUUAUACAUAAUUGUUUGUGUUAUUGUUUGCAGCUGCGUGGUAAAUAGCAUUUGUUCUUUCAACAUUUGGCUGUGUUGUUAAUGUGCUAACUGGCUAACUAGUGUCUUGAUAUGUCUUGUCGGUCUUCUGGUUUCCCUUAUUGAAUGACAAAUACAGACUACCGCCAUCUACUGGAGAGUUACUGCUAGGUGGUUGUUGGCUGUGGUCUCUACGGUGUGUUCAAGUGCAACUUUUUGGCCGAGACAAAGGCAACGUGAGGCGACACAACAGCCAGUCUUAGUCACAUAAAGUUCUUUGAUGUCGGUUUGGUUUGUCUGGGCCUUUAAAUGUCAUUAUUUUCUGGGUUAAAAUCCAAAAAGGACUGUAUAGCCACAGUUAAAGGAGUGUACUACUACUUCCUUUACAAUCAAAAUCUCCACAAGAUUAGAUCAGAAUUUAACACCACAGCUCACAGUGAAGAGAUAACAUGAAAUGGCCUUAACUUAAAGGGACAGUUCACCUCAAAAACAAAAUACAUAUUUUUCCUCUUGCCUGUAGUGCUGUUUAUCAAUCUGUGCAGUGAUGCAGUCAGAGGAUGUAGUGAAAGAAAAUAGUUCCUGCAUGAAACUGCUCACAACAAGGUCUGUAGAUUAUCUUGAGUAACAAGGUCAUGACCUCUGGAAGGAGACAUUGCUGUUGAGUUUUUCAAAUGUAUUUUUUUAUGCUUGGAGCACCACAAGCUGAGUGCCAUCUAGUUCCAUUAUAAUGGAGAGAAGACAGACGUCUCUACAGUAGCUAUCUCAAAAAACUCAUCAACUCACACUAAAACAAACCACACUGAUAAAUAGCACUACAGGUAAGAUAACAAAUGUGUGUACUGUCUCUUUAAACAUGCAACUUCUUUGUCCCUCAGAUUUAUUUUACCUCACCUUUUUGACAUGUUCUGCAGCCAAUAAUGGGAUUGCAUUUUAGAUUAAUUGCAGAACUAAUGUAUUCAGAAUCAUUUUUAAGCACAUUAGUUUCUCAAAACAUAUCGCAAUACUGUUAUACUCCAGCGCUGUCUGUGUGGUCUUCUAAUGUAAUGGACAUAUCCAUCAACAAGUGAUCUCAAUGCUUUGUCCGUCUUGUCUGUUGGUGAGUUUGUUGGUGAGUCUCUACAUUAUGUUAUGAGUUUCUUCUCUCUUUUAUGUUUUUGUUUAUUGAUUUGGUUCCUGUUGAAGUGGCAUUUAUAUUGUAUAUCUGUUCUACUUUACCUCUAUGGUGACUACAUUCAGCAUCCUGCCAUGUGCUUAUACUGUAUGUGUUGCUUUUGAGUAAAUUAUGAAAUGUUCACGUCUGUAAAGCUCUGUCUAUUUCAAGGGUCGGAUCUCUUUCAGUGCAGUACAUUUGCAAUGCAAUUAUAAUAAAACAGUGAAUAUUUAUUUGCUUUUAAAGUGAUGAAAUAACUAAAUACAACUACUGAUUUUGUAAAUAGAUAUCCUAGUGGAGUACAUAGUGUAUAAUGCAGAGACCAUUGAGUUGAAAUGGGAUUGACCAACAUCUUGAAAACUGCCAAGUUAACAAUUUAUUAUUUUAUUUCUUGUACUUUUAUGUUUAAAUAUUAUUUUGAGAGGAACAUUUUGUAGAAGAGAAAUAUUUUAAAAGCUAUUCCGACUGUUCUGUAAAAGGGAAAUCUCACAGUGCAUCCUGCUGAUCAUUUCAGUUGCCUUAUCAUCACAAUCUGAUGGUGUAAGUAUAGACAGUGAAGCAAAUGGUCAACAGCUGGCAGGAUUUAAAUGAAAUGAAUGUUUUGUUGUUGUUGUUUUUAUUGUAAAUAAAUGCCCUAAGACAUUUACAGUC